CAACAUUCACAACGCGGUUGAGCAUAGAUCGAGGGGAUACUAGUUACUGGUACCCAGCACAAGGGCACCCGUCGAAUAUUGGGGUACGUGACCUGCAGCCUGGUAGGUUCGGGUCCCUUCCAUUUUAUAUUAUCAUACGAUAUUCCCUUACCCACCCACGACCGUGGCGAGAUUUGCUGUGGAGACCUAUGAUACCGGUAACAUGUUGCCGGUGAGACGGCGCGAGGCGAGUAACUUAUUCCUCGGAUUAUGACAUGAUACUACUCCUAACAAUCGCAUGAGGGUCCAACAGCUUUGACCUGCCACUGCUUGAUUACCCUACCGGUACUCGAGCCAUAAAACUUGUUACCCGGCUUAAGUGUAGUAACGUCAUACCGUAGGCUCAUAGCACUGUUAUUUUCCAUUCGGGCUUUGACAGGCAUAGACCACGAUACCUCCUUUUUCUCUCGCAAGCUGAAACAGAACAACUGCUCACCACGCCUUUUCCAGUCGGUUCGACAAUGGAGGCCCCGGUGAACCAACCUAUGUCAGAUACGCCCCAGGUGAAUCCAACACAAGAACCCGACUCCCAAACAGUUGAACAAUGCAUCAACUAUCUCCGUCGCAAAGACGACACCAGCCGAUUUGUCGGUCUGGCAAUGUUGUCCUCGUUCCUAACUCACAUCCAAGAUGUCGAUGUUCUCACUCGGUGUUGGAAGUCUUUGAAUCCCCGGUUUCUAGACCGGCUGUUGAAGUCUAGCGGAACGGCGGAUAUGGUUGAGUUAGCGGUUCACGUAACACACGCCUUUUCUACCCUACUACCCAAUUCUGCAGAGGAGGCAUCAUUGGUUGGGAGAGCGCCCUUGCUCGCUGAGAUACUGCCCAAAUGUUCGAUAAUUACACAAGCGACGAUAUUGCAGACCCUACUGGUGUUUUCCACAGGGAGGAAAGGGUCGGAGGUUAUCGCUGGGAUAAAGGAUUUAUCACCGUUGAUAAAUUGUUCAGUCGAGCACGAAACGGCAAUGCAAAUCCUACAAUAUGCAUUUGUUCGUUCAAUCUCUGAACCGCUGUUGGUAAAGGAUCAACUGAAGAGGCUUCUACCGUCGAUAUGUGAAGAUAUGUUGGCAACGGGUAAAGCUUCCCGGUCAAGAAUCCUUUCAUUUUUGAGUGACCUACUAGCCAGAUUGCCAUCUGAGCUCCUCCCACCAGACACCAAUUGGGUGAGAUCCGCAUAUACAGCCAUCAGGGCCGUGAUAACUUCCGGUCACAAUUCGCACGAGCGAUCACACUGCAUUAAAAUAGCGGCUAGUCUUCUGCACAAAUACCCGCCGUCCCUCCUCUUCGGGCCAAAGGCGCUAGGCAAAGCACCGAUCAACGAGGAAAAACCAUUCGUGUACUUUUUUAUGCAGCUGGUUCUCAUUGAUCUUCGUGCUACGUUUCCAACACUACUCGAACAGCUCGCUACUCCUUCAUAUGGGAGUACUGCUCACAGAUUGGCUUCUGAUUUUGAUGUACUGGCGGCAUUCUUGGGAUACCUGCUAAUGGUCGAGGACUUUGAUGAUAUACCAAUCACGCCAGAUUUACUGCUAAAGCUGAAAGCGGAUAUCGGGGAGACUUUCGGACUUACCCUGGAGUUCUUGCGGGAUCGUUGGGAUGCUGGGUACGCUGGCGCCGCCGGCUUCGAACCUGGCUUCGAAAAAGACACCCCAUUGAGUAUAACCUGGGAAACCAAGCUCGAAGGUGGAAUUGCGCGCGACCCAUUGGUGAUUGCAGCUGUCAGGGCGCUAUCCCUCUGGCUGAAAGAAGAUGAAAGCCUAAGAAAAGAAUCCGGAGGCCUAACAGACCUCUUCUUGGGCUUAUGGAAAAAGGGGAAAGAAGACGGCGUAGACCACAGAUUCUGGAUCCUAUCCAGCCUCGAAGGGACAGUAGAAGAGGACAACGGCCGCGAACAAUUUCUACAGUAUCAAGGCAUCGACCUAAUCUGGGCUGACCUGAAGGCAAUAUACGUAAACAGGGGUGCCGGAGAAGACGACCUCCGAAUAGCAUUUGAUGAAGCGAGAGUCCUAACCCAGGUAGCAAUACUGGAAGAUAAGGCCAACGAAGUAUGGGUCAAGGAUGUCCUUGCGGCAGUCAAUAUCAGAGGAGACUCAGUCAUGCAUCUGGAACUUGACGCUGCAAUAGCCCGCCUAGCUAGUGCGUGCUUGGUCAAGACGCACAAGGCAGCGAGAAGACGGCUAAAGGAUGACGUGCAGAAGGUCAAGGAAGUCUGCGAGAGGUUACUUGCCAUAGCGAGUGAGAGGACGGAAGAUGGUAGGGGGAUUGCAGAGUUGGUGGGGGAGGUGGUGGAGGAACUGGAUGGGGUGUGAUGUAUAAUGUCCAUUAACAGGGCAAUACUAUGCUCUUUCUCUCAUUUGUUAAUAUUGCUGCGGGGCAUUCGAGCAGUGGGGCGGUAGGAUAUAAACAUUUGAACAUAAGUUUGGCAUUCUUGUGCCUAUGAUAGGACGGCGACUUCAAAGAAACAUUCCUAGAUGAGAAA